AUGCUAUCAAGUUUCAAAAGUUUUGGCGCCAUUUUGGUUGCCUUUGUGAUCCUCCAGUCGCUGCUAGAAGAAUGUAAGGGAGCUAACAUCCUGGGCGUUUUCACCAGCCACAGUCCAUCCCAUCUGAUAGUCCACAUGUCCAUUAUGAAAACUCUGGCCGAAAGAGGGCAUAAUGUCACUGUACUUUCCUCGAUGCCACCGAAAGUGACCCAUAAGAGUAUCAAACACAUUGUGGUUCCAUUGAGUGCCGAGGAUGAAAAAAUCCUGGACGAGGGAAUGUCAGGAAUGGUCAAAUCAAAACAAUCCAUUAUGAGUAUGAUGAACUCUGCAGCCAAAUCUCAGUCUAUUUUAAUCAACAAACAAGUAGAGGUCCUGGAGGAUAUGCGUUUUAAGGAGCUCUACCUCAACAAGGACAACAAGUUCGAUGUGGUGUUCUUUGGAUUCUUUUUCAACUCGUAUCAGGUAGCCCUGGGAGCAAGGUUUAAUUGUCCAGUGAUUAUGUCCUGGUGUGGUCCACCCAUGCCCAUGGUUAACGAACUGCUGGGAAAUCCCGAACUGUCUAGUGUUCCUCAAAUGCAUGUGGCAGUGGCACAAGGACAGCCCAUGAAUUUUAAGAAACGUUUGCAUAAUUUGGCCUGCAAUAUUGGUUUCUUCAUGUUUAAUAUUCACUUGAAUCGGAAACUUCAGCAGUAUUAUGACCGGCUUUGGGGAAUAGAUCCAUCAAUGCCCAGCUUUGAGGAGGCCAAACAAAACGUUUCUCUGGCCUUCUUCAAUGGCCACUCCCUCAGCGAAGGACCUAUUCGCCCCAAUGUUCCGGCUGUCAUUGAAAUUGGUGGAAUACAGAUUAAGUCCAAGCCUGAUCCCCUGCCCCAGGAUAUCAAGAAGUUCCUGGACACGGCCGAACAUGGGGCAGUGCUCUUUAGUUUGGGCUCGAUUCUGAAAGGUGAACACAUCCCACCUGAAAUAGUUUCCACAAUUUUCAAAGCUCUGAGCAGCAUUAAGCAGCAUGUGAUCUGGAAAUGGGAAGAUCUCGAAAAAGUACCUGGAAAAUCUCCAAACAUUCUGUACAAAAAGUGGCUGCCACAGGACGAUAUCCUGGCCCAUCCCAACAUCAAACUUUUCAUCAAUCACGCUGGCAAAGGAAGCGUCCAGGAGGCUCUGUUCCAUGGAGUCCCUAUGCUGGCUCUUCCUGUAUUCGCCGAUCAUCCAGGAACCGCCGAUAAAGUAGUUGAGAAUGGUUAUGGUCUGCGGUUGGAACUGGCCAUUCUGGAGGAGAAACAGUUAAAGGCGGCUAUUAAAGAGAUCAUCGAAAAUCCCAAGUACGCCCAGAAGGCAAAGAGCUUCUCCCAACUCUACCGCGAUCGUCCUUUGAGUGCCCAGGAGUCGGUCGUCUACUGGACGGAGUAUGUCAUUCGUCACCGUGGAGCUCCUCACAUGCAGAGUCCUUUGGUUAAAAUGGGCUUCAUUGCCAGCAAUAAUUUGGAUAUCUAUAUCCUGGCUUUAGUAGUCCUCUAUCUAAUACUUAUUGUUAGCAAAGUCUUUUGGAAAUUUGUGUGGCGCAAAUUAUUUGGAGAGUCAAAAAAUAGUUCUCAAAAUAAUCAAAAGAAACAACAAUAG